GGAUAGAUGACUAUAAAAGCGGCGAGAUUAAAGAAUUGGCAUGCAGUGCAUCCUGAGGAUAUCGAAUCCCGUCACUAUGGCAGCUCGCGCUCUUAGCCUAGUGCUUCUGUUUACAUUUGCCACGGUCAUCUUCGGAUUACCGACUAUUUUGCCAGAAUCAGGUGUAAAUACUCACGAAGAACAUACAUUGUCGACCGAAUUACAACCGCCACCCUUAGGACAAGAGGAACAUCAUGCUACAGUUUAUAUAAUUAAUCUGUAUGCUGUAAAAAAUGGUAGCAGCAACGCAUCAGAGGAAAUGUUCCAAAAUGAGGUUGUAGAUACGAUUCCUGAGAUAUUGGAACCGCUGGUCUCUGUUCUCCUAGUAGUAGAAGACGAUGAAAACGAAGAGUUAGAAAAGCAUCCACCCGUCGACCUCGACGAAUUUGCGGAGGGAUUGGAAGGCCAAGGUUUCAAGGUCGACAAGAUCGAUCUCAACAGCAAGGCGAAAGUGCUUAAGAUGAAAUUGGAAAAGGCAAAGGCCCAGAGUAUGAUAGACUCGGCUUUGAAGGGUGAUGAAAAUAGAUACCGUCAAAAGAGAACCAUCUGUUUUAAAUGCGGAGGAGGAGGAGGUGGUUGGGGUGGGUAUUCGAAAAAGGGUAAACAUUACCCAAGUGGUGGCGGAGGGUAUCCUAGCGGGGGUUAUUGCUCCACCUGUGGAGGUUAUUAUCCUAGUGGUGGCGGAGGACACAGGCCUCAUUAUGGAGGUGGCGGCGGUUGCCCUCGUUGCGGGGGUGGUGGAUACGGAGGCGGUGGAGGUUCGUGGUCUCAUUCCCAGGCGUCUGCCUCUUCUUCUUCUGGAAGCUGGGGAAAGAAAUAAGCGGAGUACAUAUAAUCAUGUAAAUCAAGUAAAUGUAUUGCCAUUAAAGAUUUAUCCUGCCUUUAUGUUUAAUACACAAACAUACAGUACAAAAAAAAAAGCGUGAAUUCUUCAAGUACUAUAAAUCAUCAUAAAUAAAAACUUUGUAUUAACACAA